CAAAAUGGCGGCUCCCAGCUGAGUUGACGGUCGUGGGAAUGACUUGUGCAAGAAAGUACGCUUUCGAAGGUAUAACGUGGUAAACCCUAUGGAACAGGACGUCGCGCACUGGGAGCUACUGUCGGAAGUUCACGAUCGCUUACUCUCAGGUUGUGCCUGCAGGCUGAGUGCUCCUGAUGAGUGGUUGUCCUUGCUAAAGAGAACUGAAUAUGCGCAAGACCAAGCUAGUACACUCUGUGUGUUAUCCACCAUUCAAUUUAUGUGUGAGAUAGCGCACGAGAGCCGGAUGCUCGGGAAACUAUGCCCCUCGCUUUGGAGUAAUAUUUUAACCCUCCAGUCGGAAUUGGUGAUCAAGUCAUUGCACACCUUCUGUAUUUUGCCACAGUGUAAAUUCCGCAUAUACUGUGGUAUCCAGUGCAUGGCUGCUGUUGCUAAUUCAAGUGCCGAGGCAUGGAACAGUGUAAUGACGUUGCUUGAAGAACGGGCAGAUGGUUUCCAAACUAUAUCUACGAAGCAGAGAGAGAUAUACUUCCAGUUGAUAUCUAGGUUGCUUCAGAAUGUGGUGGAAGAUACGCAUCCACUUGGAAAGCUGACUGUCACUUGCAAGUCAGCAACAAGUGGUUCGUUUGGGCACAGCAGCGGUGCACCAAAGCGUGACAUCGCUGAUGUCGUCCGUAAGUGGUGGAAUGCAAUAUGGAGUGAAGGCUUACGAGGUGCUCCUUACACUUAUCUACAAGCCAUGCUAAGCCUCUGGUUGAGGAUUUUGGAAGACUGCCAAGAUAUGGAGACGUUUCACGAACUUUCCGCAGCUUGGAUUAUCGAUACCGUAACCGACGCGUGCCCUUUGCUGUCGAAUAUGUGCCUGCAAGUUUGUGACAAAGGACUACAGUCCGUUGCUACAGAUCCAAUUGUGGAUGUUUCGCCAUGUGUUCUACAGCUUGCCAAGACACUAAUCAGUUCGGUGGAAGGUGGAUGGCUAAAUCGGAUACAGUACAGGACAGAAUUUUGUGGGUUUGGAGGAACAGUGCUUCAGGGAAGGUCUCAGUCUGAGCAAGGGGAUGAAAACGUCAUUACUGGAGACGCUCGUAUGUUGAGAAGGACCCUGCUUGCAGUGUUUAAAGCUUCUGUAGUUCAUCUGCAGCAAGGUGGAGCAUCGGUGCCCACUGUUUUACAUCAAACGUUUCAGUGGAUGCACCUAAGGACAAACAAGUUAAACUGGACAAAAGAAAGGAUUAUCGUUGAACUCUUUGUAGAACAAGACGAUCAACUGCUAGAAUGCCUUCACGCUCUGCUGUUACUGCAUUGUGCGCAUGAAAACGACAAGUCAUCAAAGAGCCACAAAGGGGACAAUCCCGUUCCCGAUCCUCACAUCAUGCUCUUGCUCUUCCUUCAUUCACUGUGUAAUGACCACAGUGCCUUGGUAGACUUGCUCACAUCAGAUGAAACGUGUGCUCUUUUAUACUUUGUCCGCUACCUGAAGACCGCGAUAUCAAACUGGACAGCAUUUGUGGGUGCGCAUACAAAUUGUAGUAAUGUGCCAGAUGCAUCAAGUUCCAUGCCAAAUCAAUUUUGCCUCGACGACACCAUGGCUGUGUUAAUCAGACUUCGGUUAAAACUGGAGAAAAUGUUUCGUCAAGGGUUAGUUCCGUUUAACGUCAGACCAUUGUUAAGGCUGCUUCAAAAGUGUGAGUGUCUGUAUGAAGGUACUGAGCUGUAGCCAUAUUUUAUGCACUUUGUAUGAAGCCAAGACAAACUGUCUAUAGGGUACAAGAUGUAAAUAAAAUAGGGACUAUUUAUUGUA